AUGGUCCCUGUGGACCUCUUCUCCACUGCAGCACAGGAACACUCUGGAACCCAGGGGGAGGCACAAGCCGAGGGCGUCGACUUCAUAGUGACCGUGGUGUUCGCCUUCAUGUGGCUGGUCAGUUCUUCGGCCUGGGCCCAGGCCUUGUCGGACGUCAAGGUCGCCACAGAUCCAGAUGAGGUGCAGGAGCUCAUAUCUGCCUGUAAGGUCAUGACCAACAAGUGUGGCUCAGUGCAAGGACCCCGUUGGUCAGGCCUUAACACCUCUGUGGUGUUUGGAUUCCUAAACUUCGUCCUGUGGGCAGGAAACAUCUGGUUUGUUUUCAAGGAGACAGGCUGGCAUAAGGGAGGACCUGCUCGGUACGCUGGAGCGCCACCCGAAAAACGGGCCGCGACCUUCAGCCAGCAGCAGCCCUACAACCAGGGCAGCUUCGACCAGUCAGGAGGCUACAGCGACCAGGGAGACCGGGAGCAGGCAUCAGAAUACAGUCCUGUGGGCGAACCCACCUCCUACUACAAUCAGAUGUAG